AUGGCGCCUGCAUCAUCUGUCGACGCGCACUCAGCCCCUCUCGCUGACUUUUUCUGGAUUGCUGGUGUUGAUGGCUCGGAGAUAGUUGACAUAUUCUUGAAGCUAGGGGAGGAAUACAAUAACACUCGUUCUCAGCCGAGACCUAUGGCAGAUACAAUUGAAGAAGAUGCAGAUGCAGAAGAGGAAGAAGAUGCUCUGGCUGCUGACUCUUCCCUGCCGUCCUCAAAGCGAAACUCGUCCCAGCGUCUAUCGUUCAAGCCCGCAGAUGACAGAAGACUGUCUUUCCAGUCUUUGACAGUGGACUUCAAGGAGUCGAAUAACGCCUCACAUAGCAAUCGAAGCAGUAUGACCAUCAAGGGCUCUUCUAACGGAACUUCUUUUCUCAACGACGUAGACUUCGAUAAAGCAUUACUGAAGUUUGCCGCUGAAAGAGACUCUUUUCUAACUGACCUUAGCCUGACUGCUGGAGCUGUUGUGCCUAAGCCUACAAAGCCUAGACCAAAGACGCAGAAAAUAGUGGCCGAGGAUAUAAGCCCCAACCCUUUGAAAUCUAGCAUUGGAAGCGUGCGAAGGCACAUGUCCUUUCGAGAUAUGAGCAGCAUGAAAAGACAGCCGUCCCUAGCUCGCCAAUCUUCCAUACGAACGUCGCGACGCCUAAGCAACUACAAUUCAGUGAUUCCAACCCCUCAGCCUCUAGAAAUGUCCCCGAACAUGCAUCCUCUUAAACGCAGAUUUGAACCGGUCCUCCUUGAUAGAUACCCGCCCAAAGGAGCACCUGAUGAGGGCCAUCGAAGGGGGAAGUUUCCAGACUACGUGCCGAUGUUCGCAUUUCCAAAUGAUAUCCAUAUUGUCUCUUCGGAUCAGCGGCCGCGAUCUACGUGGCAUGGCUUCGCGAUGACCGGCGGUGAUGGAUCUAAGAUUCACGGUGUUUGUGUCACCAUCUGGAUUCCACUCAGCCACAGAGCAGCUGACGAACUCGAAAAAAGAUGUGAAGAAUGGAGACGAGAUAACAUGACAGAAGAGGAACGCGAACUUGCGGCGAGCCUGGGUGAGAGAUUGGGAUUGGAGCGAGCAAAGCUAUCUAGGCUGCUUGCCCAACUUCCGACUGUCCCUUCUGGUUCCGCUGCAAGAGAGGAGCUGGAGGACGAAAUCAGUGCCGUGGAAGAGAAGAUUGGGUUGAUGGCCGACUUACUACGCCCAGUCCGCCAUGGUGCCGCGUCAAAAAUAGAUGGGUUGACCGAUGGUGAUACCGGCUUCUGGAUUCCACGUGCAUACGGAAUUCUUGGAAGAGAUCCCUCAAUGACGACCUUUUGGAAAGAAUGGUUGAGGUCCGUCGUUAUUCCCAUGAUGGACGGAGCCAUUCUCAGAGUUCCUCCUACUUCACCGAGGGUUGGAAGAUGGCAGCCUUUGGAAAGAUAUGUUGUCAACCUUUGCAUGGAGGCGUUUAGCCCUCUAUCAUCAAAAACCCAGGUGGAAAUCGCAGUUCGAGAAUUACGUUUGUUUGCUCGCAAAGAGGCAGAUAACGAAUUGCCAAGUUCACGUAACACGGAUCUUUACCCGCUUUUCCGAUCGCUCUCCAUUUCCAACAUAAUCAUCCUCUUUGAAUAUGUACUUGCCGAAUCACGAAUUAUCCUCCUCUCCUCCCAUAUCGCCAUGUUAAAUCUCGUUAGUAGAGCUAUCACAGAGCUCCUUUUCCCCUUCCAGUGGACCGGCGUUUUUAUCCCGGUCCUCCCUGCACGUCUCUUGCAAGCACUCGAAGCUCCGUGCCCAUAUAUCGUAGGUGUUGAACGACGAUAUGAGAAUUUGGAGCUCCCAUCCGAUGAUUUUGUCCUUGUGGAUCUUGACCAAGAUGUCAUUGAGAGCACACAAAGGCCAACACCUCUCCCUCGUCAUCAACGUCGAAAACUACAGUCUCUGCUUCAACUUGCGGCUCCGCUCUAUCGAUUCGGUGUAAAACCGGGUCCCCCCGCUUAUGCCAUUGAGGCAUAUCCCUUCGAUGCCAUGCCUGCAGAGAUACCAUCUAUCUACUCUUCCAAAGCAGCCUCGACUCAGCUUGCAAAGUAUGUCAAUCUGAAUUCUGGUUCCUUUGGUCAAGAUCCAUAUGUCACGGCACCACCCCCUAUUUUUAACGUCUUCCUCAACGCUCGAAACGAUGUAUCCUUCCCGAGAAGCCAAGAUCGCCCAGCUACCGGCUCCACGUGCAAAGCGAGCACACCACCUUCCCCUAAAACAUCACCUACUUCGAGCAAAUUUCCUCCUUUACCAUUAACCCCAAUUUCAAGGAACGACUCUGGAUUUGCUCUUCAAGCAUCACUGCGUGAAAAAAGGUCCGGCCAUUUUGAUGCAGUAUCCCGUAGAAGUUCCUCAAUGGCCAUUGACCGACGAGCCGGAAUACCAAGGAGGCCAAGUGUUCCUUUCCUGGGUCAUUCUUCCAACCUGUCUGUCACAACUCUAAACACAGACGCCAGUACGUCAGUGUAUGCACCAUCGGUAUAUGCUCAGUCUACGAUUGCCGCCUCGACCAUCAUGCCUCAGGCAUUCCAGCAGCCCAUGAAAAACCCCGUUGGUAGCACGUUGAUAGAAGGCCAUUGUUUGCAAUUGCAGCAAAUCGAUGACAAAUCAAUUUGUUCCAUCUGCGAUGAGAAGGCUGAAGAUGCGAUGUAUAGAUGCUCUGGCUGCAAGAUUAUUGUCCAUGGUCGCUGUGCUUCGCAAAUUUGCCUGGUGUGCACGGUAGCUUUCCACCCGGAUCAAAUUCGAGCCGCCUUCGUUCGAUGUUUUGCCAGCCUCCUCUAUACUUAUAAGAAAUUUAUGCGCCCUGCGACUGGAGACAAGAAGAAGGCGGGAAUGACAUACAGUUUCCAGAUGGAUGCGUUUUUGAAGAGUCUUCCGCAUGAGCAUGCAGAGUACAUGGCUGUGCUCCAGCAGACACAAGGAUUCAAUGAGUUCAUCGGUGAGCGCGAAAGAGUUGAUUCCAAAUCGAAAAACCCUAGGAUUGUCAUUUUCGAUGAAAUUAUCCUCUCCAAGCGAAAUCGUGGCAGGUCAUCGAUAUUCUCUGGAAGAAUGACGACCGAUUUCUUGUCAGAUACAUCAAAUCACCUUUGGCGGUCCGCAAGCGCUUCAUCUUUUCCGCCCAGCAGUCGACGAGAGAUGGCAGCAUCCGGAGACUGGAAGAGUGUGGUCACUAGAGUGCCUGCGAAACUUGAUCCAAACUACAUGAAAGAGCCCCGAAUGAUCCAGGGUGUACCCCGGAUACCGAAAGUCACAGACAAUUCCAAAAGAAAGCCAGUUCCUCGAAUGGCCAACGGAAAUUAAUUUCAGCAAUGAGUUUAAACGAAAAUCAUAAUUUUCUAAUAUGUGACCGUAACGCCCUUGCUCUAAGCCGCGAUUUCCCGCUCUCGAAUUUUGAAUCAUCCGAGCAUUUCAUUCCUUUUCUCUCUUUCUCUUUUUUCUUUUCUCCCUGUUCCUUUCUUAUUCAUUGAUUGCCAUACAUAAAAAUAAUGUCUGGUCUCCUGCAGUAUUCCCUUUUCCUUGCUUUCAUGAGUUAAACAUACAUUUUAACCCUUUUUCUAAUAAUUUCCUGGCUCAGUCAGAUAUAUCUGAGUUUUUGCCGAUAAAAUGAGCCUGAUGGCGUGAGACUGAUGCUUCAACGAAUUUAUUCUGCCUCUUCUCUCUGAUCUUAUUAUGGGAACCGGGCAAUUGUUUCAUGAUAUGGGUGAGAGGAGAUUUGUGAAUCGCACAUCGCUGAAAAUUAAGGGGAAAAACGGUAAACUUAAUUGAUUGAUUGGGUAUAAUCUUUCUUGGUCUGGUUCAAAUCUGUCCCUGUUCUUGGUUUGUGAGAUGCGCAAGGCUUUUUGCUUUUCAGCUGUAAUAUCUUUUUUGAUCAUGGAUGGAUUUCUUUUCUUGUGUGUUUCUGAGUUGAUUUCAUUGUACUAUUGUGGUUCUUUUUCCGGUUUGUCAAAUACCCCUUCGCCAAGUUGGCUACGAAACAGAGUGCAC